UCUCUGUCGUUUUUCUUUCGUCAUGCCUGAGCCAGCCAAGUCCGCUCCGGCCCCCAAGAAGGGCUCUAAAAAAGCUGUAACCAAGGUCCAGAAGAAAGAUGGCAAGAAGCGCAAGCGGAGCCGGAAAGAGAGCUAUUCUGUGUACGUGUACAAAGUGCUGAAGCAGGUGCACCCCGACACCGGCAUCUCGUCUAAGGCUAUGGGAAUCAUGAAUUCCUUUGUCAACGACAUCUUCGAGCGCAUCGCGGGCGAGGCCUCUCGCCUGGCGCAUUACAACAAGCGCUCGACCAUCACCUCCCGGGAGAUCCAGACGGCCGUGCGCCUGCUGCUGCCGGGAGAGCUGGCCAAGCACGCCGUGUCCGAGGGUACCAAGGCUGUCACCAAGUACACCAGCUCCAAGUAAAUCGUGAAAGCAUCGU